AUGAAUAGACCUUCUGAAGUAACGGACCGAUCAAUGCCUUUCAAAUAUACUAAACCUUUAAAUGUGAAUGGUCAGCGUACAAAUAUUGAAGGCUGCCCAAAUACAACAUGGAUGGGUAAUCGAAAAGAGAGUAAUACUAAACCAAAUAAAAACACGAAGUUUCAAACUUCAAUGCUUGUUCAGGAAUCUAAUGAGCCAGGUUUUUCUCAAACUUUGAGCAGUACAGGAGGAAAACAAAGUAAUAUGCAGCGCAAAGUCCCGGACUACUACCAUCAUAUUAAAAAUCAGAAUAGUAAUUCGAGCUUACAGCAAAUGAAUACUAGUUCUCAUUAUAGAGUUACAGAUUCAACGAUUCCUCAGUAUAGCAAUGCUCUUAAUUAUACGUCCCACCAAAACGCAAAUUUAACUUCUGGAUAUUCAAGCUUCAACGCAGGAUUCCCUUAUCAGUCAGCACCAGCACAAACACCUCAUUACACGACUUAUCCUUACUAUAAUCUUAAUGCUGAGGCUGAGAGCGACAGUUGUAUCGGUGAAAGCUUCCCCGUUUACUUUGAUCCUAGAAGUGCAGCGAACAUGUCCCAUAAAGAAAAAGUCAACAACUGGAUCGAUAAUAUCCCAAUUUAUGAGAUUGACGAAGAUAUUUGGGGUGACGAUUGUUUUACCGUGGAUUAUUCAGUCAAUUGGGAUGAACAAGACUUCGAUAAUCAUCAGAAGUACAGUAAUAAUGUUAUUUCCAACAUUACUUCUGAUGAAGUACUUUUUAUGCAAAGUAAGAAAAUAGAUAGCUUAGUUCGUAGAAUGUACUACAUUGAACAAGAAAUAAAUAUUAACGUACACGAUGAACUGGCAGUUGCUCAAGAGACAUGA